GCGCUUCUUGCAAUCGCUUAAAAAUAACCGAUUCGACUUGUUUGUGAUUGUACAUAGGUUAUUUUUUGUAUAAUAUUUUUUAACGAAUUUAAAUUAUUUUUAUAAGAAAUUUUUAGUGUUUUACUGAGAAAAAAUGGAUUUAACAGAUGAAAAUUUAACAAUUCUUGCAAAUUAUUUACAGCAAACUUUAAGCCCAGACAUAAAUGUCAGAAGACCGGCGGAAAAAUUUUUAGAAGGAGUUGAAGUGAAUCAAAAUUAUCCAAUUUUGUUAUUGAAUUUAGUUGAUAAGGUUGAAGUUGAUAUGACUAUACGAAUAGCUGGUUCUAUUGCAUUUAAAAAUUAUGUUAAGAGAAAUUGGGAAAUUACGGAUGAUCAACCAAAUAGGAUUCAUGAAUCAGAUCGAACGGCUGUUAAACAAUUUAUUGUGGAACUCAUGUUAAGGUCUCCAGAAGGAAUUCAGAAACAGCUCAGUGAUGCAAUUAGUAUUAUUGGUAAAUUUGAUUUUCCAAAUAAGUGGCCAGAAUUGAUCGGGCAAAUGGUUGAAAAAUUUGCAACAGGAGAUUUCCAUAUGAUAAAUGGUGUAUUGGUCACGGCACAUUCAUUAUUUAAAAAAUAUCGUCAUAUGUUUAAGUCAAAUGAACUUUGGACGGAAAUUAAACUUGUUUUGGAUAAAAUGGCAAAACCUCUUACCGAUUUAUUAUUGGCUACAAUGGAAUUAGCAACAAUUCACGCGGAGAAUGUACAAGCGUUAAAAGUUAUUUACAGUUCAUUAGUUUUGGUUUGUAAAGUAUUUAACAGUUUAAAUUUUCAAGAUUUACCAGAAUUCUUUGAAGAUAAUAUGGCAAUUUGGAUGGAAAAUUUCCAUAAAUUAUUAACCGUACAAGUUAAAUGUCUAGAAUCACCGGACGAUGAAGAGCCUGGAUUAAUUGAACAGUUAAGGUCUCAAGUCUGUGAUAAUGUUACAUUAUAUGCAUCAAAAUACGAUGAAGAAUUUCAACCAUUUUUACCACAGUUUGUCACUGAUGUUUGGGAACUUUUGUAUACAACUGGUCCUCAACCAAAAUAUGAUAUGCUGGUAUCAAAUGCGUUACUUUUCUUAUCUACUGUUGCCGAUCGAAAUCAUUACAAAAAUCUUUUUGAAGCACCAGGAGUUCUAAACAGCAUUUGCGAAAAAGUUAUUAUUCCAAAUAUGGAAUUUAGAACAACUGAUGAAGAACUUUUCGAAGACAACCCAGAAGAAUAUAUUCGUAGAGAUAUUGAAGGAAGUGAUGUUGAUACAAGACGUCGAGCAGCCUGUGAUUUAGUUAAUUCAUUAAAAAAUAACUUUGAAGCACAAAUUAUGGAAAUAUUUGGACAAUAUAUUCAAAUAAUGUUAGCAAAAUAUGCAGAAAAUCCAAAACAAAAUUGGCGAAGUAAAGAUGCAGCAUUAUAUUUGGUAACUUCAUUAGCAUCACAUGGUCAAACUCAACGACAUGGUGUUACGAAAAUCAGUCAAUUGGUUUCAAUUCCACAAUUUGGAGAACAACAUAUUAUCCCUGAAUUAAUUAGUCCUAAUGUAAACGAGCUACCCGUAUUAAAAGCUGACGCUAUCAAGUAUAUAAUGAUCUUCCGAUCUGUGGUACCCCAUACAAUGUUAAUUGCAAGUUUACCACAUUUAAUACGUCAUCUCCAGGCUGAUUCAGCUGUUGUUCAUACUUAUGCAGCGUGUGCUAUAGAAAAAUUACUAACAGUAAAAAUUGCAAACAACCAACCAGCAAUUAAAAGUGCUGAUUUAGCUCCAUUAGCAAAUGAUUUAUUAAUUGGGUUAUUUACAACAAUGGAUAAACCACGAAGCGAAGAAAAUGAAUACUUUAUGAAAGCUGUAAUGCGAAGUAUUUUUGUAUUACAAGAGGUAUCAGUACCAUAUUUAGGACAAAUACUACCAAAGUUAACAACAAAAUUACAAAUUGUAGCCAAAAAUCCAUCAAGACCACAAUUUAAUCAUUAUUUAUUUGAAACAAUAUCGUUAUCAAUUAAAAUUGUAUGCAAAACUAAUCCUGCCGCUGUUAAUUCUUUUGAAGAAGCACUAUUUCCCAUUUUUCAAUUAAUUCUAUCUCAAGAUGUUCAAGAAUUCAUUCCUUAUGUUUUUCAAUUAAUAUCAAUGUUAAUGGAAUUAGGCGGUAAUGCAACACCAGGCACUGUAGCCGAACCAUAUUUAGCAUUAUUACCUUGUUUAAUGGCACCCGUAUUAUGGGAACGUCAAGCGAAUACACAUCCUUUAGUGCGAUUAUUAUGUGCGUUUGCAAUGAAAGCUUAUUCACAAAUUCAAGAUAGAGUGAGUGGUUUUCUUGGUGUUUUUCAAAAAUUAAUUGCAUCAAAAUCAAACGAUCAUGAAGGGUUUCUUUUAAUGCAAACGAUGAUGCAAAAUUUUCCACCUGAAUAUUUGCAAUCAUUCCAUAAACAAAUAUUUAUUUUAUUAUUUCAAAGAUUGACAUCAAGCAAAACAACAAAAUAUGUGAAAGGUUUAAUUGUAUUCUUUUGUUUUUAUAUUGUUAAAUAUUCAGCGACGGAAUUUGUAAACCUUAUUGAAUCAAUACAACCACAGAUGACUGGAAUGGUUUUAGAAAAAAUAAUUGUGCCAGAUGUUCAAAAAGUUGGUGGUAAUAUUGAACGAAAAAUUGCAGCUUGUGGAAUGAUUAAAUUAAUAUGUGAAUGUCCAAUAAUAUUUUCUGGUGCAUAUCAAAAGUUUUGGGGACCUUUAGUUGAAGCACUUGUUUGUGUACUUGAAAUGCCUCAAGACGACACCGUAUUUGCUGAUGAUCAUUUUAUUGAAGUUGAUGAUACUCCGACAUUUGAACAAGCAUAUUCAAAUCUAAAUUUUGCAAAAAGCCCACAAUUAGAUCCGUUACAGGGUAUUACCGAUUUACGGCAGUUAUUAGCACAAGGGAUUGGAAAUUUGAGUGCCGGAAAUCCAAAUCAAUUGACUAAUAUGAUUGGUGCGUUAGGAUCCAAUUAUCAAAUUGCUCUAAAAGAAUAUUUGGGCAAAUAUAAUGUACAUGUUGCUUAAGUUUUUUCCAUUUCGUUAAUUUAUUAUUAAAUAUUUUCGUAC